AGCCGCAAUAAGUUCCAACAAUUUCCAAGUUCGGUCUGCAGAAAUGCUAGUAUCCUAUCACUAGUUGCUCAUGGAAACCAUUUUCUAUCUAUACCAAAAGAAAUCGGUCUGAUGACAUCCCUUCGGCUUCUGGACCUAAGAAAGACAGGACUGACGGAACUGCCUGACAGUUUGCAGCAUUUAGUUAACUUGGAAAUUCUGAUGCUCGAUGGGAAUCCUCUCCAUACUCCGCCUUUAUGUGUUGUAUCACGUGGUUUGGCCCACGUGAUGGCGUUUCUUGUGUUGCACUCACUUGGGUAUCGGAGGAAUUCUUUUGGGCGUCAAACACUGGAGAGAAGGGCGCGCUGCGGUCUUUGUGGAACUGAAGAUAUGGGUGUCAAAAACCCAGUCAGGUCCGCUGCUGACUCAGAAUUCUCUUCGCACGAUCAUCGGUCGUACAUGUCACUUCCGGGACUUGUAGCUGUUGGGAAGCGCACACUCCUAAGGAACUCUGUGAAACAUCAAACGGCAUCUGGGCAGCACAUUUCCCCGGAAGGUUCUCCAACGAGGCGUUAUCGUCCAAAGGAUUCAUCGAGAGCACGACCGGAUUCUGGGUACAGCACUUUUGGUUGUUCCGGGGGAAACGCCGAGCCAAUCAGACCGUACGUUUCCGAAACAUCUCCGAUAGAGUCACGUGCGGUUUUUUCCGCUGAGAACACAUCAACACUGAAGAUUUUCACAAGACAAGAUUCCGUAGGAAGCCAAAAAUCUUUUUCUGCUCAACAGGAUACUUCAGUUGAAGAUGAACUCGAGUUUUCAGAUGCCGUUCCAUCAGAGGCGUUCGAAAACCUCGAUCUAACCAAUAGAGAGACGAGGGGGAGUUCCACAACCGUUCCAGAUAAAUCGAUGGACCAUACAUUAGAGACCAAUACGCAGCAAGAUCAGAGCAAUGUUCCAAUGUUCCAGUCGCACAAACCUCAGCGGCACAAUAAUGCGAGCCAGAAGCCUGUAUACGAAUCCCACCGUGGUACUAGAGAAAUCCAUGCAGGUGUGAGCCUAGACAACCAACGAACCCUUGGCAGCGCACACCCGUCUCCGAAAAUGCUGUCAAGGACAAAACCAGUUACAAUCCAUGCAGGCACCAAUUCAAAACUUCCAGGUUGGGUGGGAACGAAACCAGAAGAAAACACACAGGUACACUUUCUCCCGUCCAGGCGUGUGCAUCAACCCAGGGGAUCCACGGAACACAUCACAGGACACCGAGAGUCGUCUGUUGAUGUGGAUUCAAACUCUGAAAAACUACCCUUGCCUCGACUACCGACAAACAAAGAAGUAACGACAGCGCACGUGGAGAAAGCGAAUCUUAUGCAACGGAGAAAACCACAUGUACAGAGGCGAUUACCACAACAGCCACCCGUGAGUAUUGAAAAUGGAAAUUCUCGGAGAGCGGCGGCGAACCAAAACGGAUACCCUUCGUCCAAACAAACUUACGUGACUAGUCUGGAGCGAGUGAAUUCACAAAGGGACCUCUGCCGGCCAAGCAGUCCUCAUUUUAAAGGCAAUCAGAAGCCAUCAGCUAGCAAAAAUCGAUCAACCGUAUCCCGUGUUGGUGUCUCGCUGUUUAUCCCUCCUGAAAGAGCGAUUCGUUAUCCAACCCUCACACACGAUGGGUAUCGCAGCAUGAAUCCCAUCCGUGUGAUUAGUUCAAAAGAAAGCAUCGUUUGGGACAAUUUGACUCGCGCUGAUCUGGAGCGAAUCUACCGGCUCAAAGAGAUUUUGGAAACCGGUUUAAACUGUCAACUACCCAGGAGACCAGAAGAACUGGCGAUCGUCCUACGCUCCGGAGUUCAUCUUGCUGAUUGGCUAAGCAGGAUGCUUGGACCGACAUCAACUAUCAGGGUGUAUGAUCCAGCGGCAACAAUGAGAAACAGCGAUUUGACCAAAUACUUUCGAGUCAACCUUCGAAGAUGUCGGGAGCUUAUGGAACACCAUUGCGUCCCAAAGGGGAAAUUGUUUUCGAUUGAAGACCUGCUAAACACGAAAACCUCUACAGGCCUUCUUUCCUUGGCCACUUCCGUUCUCCACCUGUGUAAUAUAUUGUCUGGUUCGCCAAGAAGUCCAAAACACCAAAUCCCCAAACAGCACGAUGAUUCCUACACAGAAUCGAAAUACAAACAACCGAGCGCCCACCACACAAAGCAGCCAGAAAUACACAGUAGCCCCAGACCGCGGUCAACGCAGAGUUCAUGGCCACAGCAUUUGUGCUCCGAUGUCUGAUUGACCGCUCGAUUUUGCAAUGUUUCCACUGAACAUUUUAUCUUUUUAUGUGACAGUCUGAGGAAGUUUUGAUUUAUUUACAUCCUGAUUUCAUUACUUCAAUAAUUUUGAUCGCAAUAAUUUCUUCGUGACGAUUAUGUGGAAUAAAU